UCUCCAGGUUCCUCCUCGGAGGUGGUGACCCCAGGGUUAUUUCGAGGCAUUUGGGGGAUGACGUAGGGUGGAACCUGGGCUCUAAUCCUCCCACCACCAGGGCGGCGCUAGAAGCAAGCGGCAGGCGCGCCCCGAGCCUCUCUAGCCGCCUCUUCCCCGCCUGGGUCGGGGAGCGAUCGCGGCCGCAGACGUAGCGGGCGGGGAAGCGAUGUGGGCUGUACUAAGUCACCCCGUCUCUCGGGGAGGCCCGGACUCGGGACGUCGGAAUCUCACCGCUUUACCUUGGCCUCCAGGAGUUUAUGCCCUCUGUAACAUGCCAAGUACAGGUUCCCUUUCAGGUCUCCUCGGCUUCUCCCUUUCCAGUUCCUUCCUUUGCGGCUGGCUCUCAGCUCCUUCCCUCCCUCUGUGCGUUGGUAUGAGCCGAAGCCAAGGGGCGCGGGCAGGAAAAGGAAGCAGGCCGGCCUUAAAGGGGCCUCAGCUACUAUUUAUUUAAUUUAUUUAUUUAUAUUUAAAAGCCGCUCUCUCCUUCCUCCGAUGUUGUUAACGUCCCCGACGGAAGAGUGAGCUUAGGGGAGCCGGGCGCAGCCAGCAGCGGGGCCCUCUGCUGGAGACGGCAGCUCCUGCCCAUCGGAAGGCCAGGUGUGCGUGAGCUGCGCCCAGGGGUGCCCUGCGCCCUGGCGCCCUGCGGGCUCUAACAGCUGGGGUCGCGCGGGGGAACUGGGCCCAGGGCUCUGGUGGAGCGGCCGAUGUCCCGGACUGAAAGCUGAGGCCGCGCUGGUAAGACUGGGACAAGCCCUUGCACCUCCAGAGCUGGGCCAGGGCGACGAGGGGAGCCGCCAAGAUGCCAGAGGAAAAUAUCUUCCUGUUCGUGCCUAACCUUAUCGGUUACGCCCGGAUUGUCUUCGCCAUCAUUUCCUUCUACUUCAUGCCCUGCUGUCCCUUCACGGCCUCCUCCUUCUAUCUACUCAGUGGACUUCUAGACGCCUUUGAUGGACACGCAGCUCGAGCCCUUAAUCAAGGCACCCGGUUUGGGGCCAUGCUCGACAUGCUGACAGACCGCUGUUCCACCAUGUGUCUCUUGGUCAACCUGGCCCUGCUGUACCCUCGAGCCACUCUGCUCUUCCAGCUCAGCAUGAGCCUGGACGUGGCCAGUCACUGGCUGCAUCUGCACAGUUCCGUGGUAAGGGGCAGUGAGAGCCACAAGAUGAUCGACCUCUCUGGGAACCCCGUGCUUCGGAUCUACUAUACUUCUAGGCCUGCCCUGUUCACCCUGUGUGCUGGAAAUGAACUCUUCUACUGCCUCCUGUACCUGUUCAGUUUCUCCGAGGGACCGCUAGUGGGCUCUGUGGGGCUCUUCCGAAUGGGCCUCUGGAUCACAGCUCCCAUCGCCCUGCUCAAGUCCGUCAUUAGUGUCAUCCACCUCAUCACAGCUGCAAGAAACAUGGCUGCUCUGGAUGCGGCAGACCGUGCCAAGAAGAAAUGAUCCUCGCCCGCCCCCAGCUGCCCACCUGCCCUGGGCAUCUACUGUGCCACGGCUCCUCUCCUCCUCCUAAGAGGUCCUUGUGUCAUGUCUUAUGUGUUCUCUAACCUGCUGGGAUGGGGGUCAACCUCUGUGUGGUGUUGUCACUGUCUUUAAUGCUGAGGACCGGACCCAUGCCUGUGACCCCAAGGACCUGGUACUGCAAAGCAGGAAGAGUGCCCAGGAGGCCCCCCAUCCAGCUGGUGCUCCAGGAGGCCCCCCCCAUCCAGCUGGUGCUCCAGGAGGCCUGUCUGAUUGGGUGUUGCCACAUAUCCUGCUGGCUCAGCCCUGGGGUCUGGCCUGGCCCGAGAUUUGGGGGACAUGUGACGGAGGGAGAUGUGUAUGGCUCCCAGGUUUCCCAAAAGGCAGAAGAAUCAGACUGAUGCCGUUGGGCCAAGGAAGCCUGGGGUAUCAGGCCCAGGAGGGAAAGGGCCAGGAGCCAGCUAGAUCCUUCCCUGAGGCAAACUCCUCUAUCCUGUCCUCUUGCUUUGGAAGCCUCCAUAAUAAAGGGGGGACCUUCACUCUUUUCGGACUUGUUUGCUUUGAGACAUUCUUAGAUGAGGGCCUAGGGUUAAAAGGAACUGGGUAUAAAAGAUCCACCUGGAUGCUUUUCCCAAAGAAGGUGGCUGGCUCCUCCCUGUCAUUCCAGUGACCUUAGCGAGGCCCUGCCGGCUCCUCAGGUUCACAAGCACUGUCUCUGUCCACUCGCUUUAUGUCCCUGGCUGGUCACUUCCAUUGUACCCUUGAUAUUUUCUACCCUCACGAGAAUGUAAACUUCAUGAGAGCAGACUAUGUCUUUCUGAUAUCUGCCUAGAGUGGAAAUUAGCCUGGCAUGUGGUCGCUGCUUAAUAAAUACUCAUGGAAAGAUG